AUGGCAAAUGCUGAGGAAGAAGUUCAUGGCAAAGGCUCUGCUCUGCCGUCCAACCUGAAUCAGCCGGCCCUCAUUCGGAUCCUUCGAAGAGGCACCAACGAGUGUCGUUCUCUGAAAGCACCACGCAGAUGCAUAGCAGUUUUGGACUUCAUCAGAGACAGGGCAUGUUGGGGAGAAGGGGAAAUAGCAAUUUUGCAGAACGGCGAGGAGAUUUCUUGUUUAGACGAAGAGGAUCUUCAGGCUGGUAAUUAUGUCUUUACAGCCUCUAAGGCUGCUGCACGAGGAAAAGGGACCGAGGGCGCCGGCGCUUCAGGGGACGUGGAAAUGCCAGAUGUUGACUAUGGGAGAGCUGCUGGAACGAGGCAGACUGGUGCAGCUGCAGGCCCGUCCGGAGACACAACCAUGCAUGACGCAAUGCGGGGAGAAUACAGACGGAGGAGCGACGAUGACGACUGGAAUGACAGCGUCGAUGAGGAAGUCACCAAAAUCCUGGAGCGUGCCUUUGUGUCCCCAGAGAAGAACGGGCAGCCAAAGCUUGACCUGAGGCCCCCACCCCCUAGCAACCCCUGUGCGAGGAGAGAUGUUCCUGUCACGUACUUUCGGAAUUCCCCAAGCCUGCUGCUCACGAAGCUUCCCGAGCGCAACGAGCCUGGCCUAACAAACGCACAGACGCUGCUGGCGGAGAUUAAGCAGCUGCACGCAUCGGGGAAGGGCCAGGACCAGGUGCAAACGCGCGCGACUGCGCUCAUCGGGCCUUCAGGAGGCGGGAAGUCCCGCACGGUGCUCGAGGCAUCCUGCCACGAGUACAGCUUUUACCUGAGUUUCUCGACCGAGAAGGAGCCUGGGACGAACAUCCUGCGGCAGGCAAUCAAUCGACUGAGGGAGAGGCAUAGGGAUGAGUACGCGUCAGUGCGGGGUGACGCUUCGGGCCUGCAAGAGUUCCGCGACAACCGGCUGCACGACAUGGAGAAGUUCAUCUCGCGCAUUCUGCUCGCUUUUGCUUUGGGCCUGCGCGAGUACCUGAGGCAGCACCGAGACCAAGCCAGCCCCAAGGGCUUCCUCCUUUUCCAGCUCAUCGGCAUCAGCAUCAGUGCACAGGAGGUGAGAGCUGCUUGUUCCUUGGAAGAACAGCUCCUGGAAGCAGGGGUGCAGACAUCAUCCGAUGCCAGUCCCUUUGCUCCCUAA